AUGCCCGCCGCUCGAGGCGGCACUGAGGCGCUGACGCUCUUUGGCGCUGCGCCUCGCCCAGACGACGGCAACAAGCAGGGCCGUCCGCUCCAGGUGACGACGGACCUAUUCCGCGCCCACAUCAAGGGCCGGGCACUCGACAAUAUCCAACAACUCGACGUCAAGAUCGAGCCAAUCCAAGACCCCUCUGCCGCUCGUCCUCCCGGCGCUGGCCCCCGCCGCGAGUCUCUGCCGGUGCGCCUCAACAUGGAGGUCCUUCAGCAUGGCCUCCGCACCGCUGCUCAGCAGCAGCUGCACGGCAUCACGGACCAAUUCGCAAACUUCAUCGUGUACGACGGCCGCGCCAUCGCCUACACCGCCUUCGCUCUACCUGCCGAAUCGCUCGAGUUCGAGACCGAGCUCCCGCCCAAGGUCGAUCUGCCCGCCGUUCCCGGCGCUCCUGGUGCCGCGAGCGCCCCUCCUCGUCGUGCGCCCGGCGCCGCCCCCGCCGGCGCUCCAGCCCCUGCCGCCGCCCCUCGCGGCGAUCGUCGCUUCAAGAUCAAGCUUGCCUUCGCCCGCAACAUCGACAUCGGUCUUGUUCUCGACUCGUGCCGCGGCGACCGACGCGCCAUCAUGGCCACGGCGGCCAACCCUCAGGAGUUGGUACAGGACGGAAUCCAAGCCAUCGACAUUUUGCUCCGCAUGGGCCUCCAGGCCCGCUACCAGUCCGGCACCACCGCAAACGCCGCUCGUAAGUUUUACGACCCGACCAAGCCGAUCCACAUUUCGCAGGGCGCGCAGAUCUGGCCUGGCUUCUUCCAGUCGGCCCGUCCUUGCGCCGCCGGCCUGGUCGUCAACCUGGACCCCGCCUACUCGGCCUUCGUCGGCGGUGGCCCCUUCAUCGAGGUCGCCGCCAAGUUACUCAGCAUCGGCGGCCCUGGUGGCUUCGACGGCGGUCGCGGCGGUCGCGGCGGCCGAGGCGGCCGUGGUGGCCGUGGUGGCCGCGGCGGCGGCGACUUUGGCGCUCGUGGCGGCUCGGGCGGCCCCGGCGGCCCUCCCACCAUCACCUCGCUCACCCAUCAGGACACGCGCCAGCUGCGUCUGCGCCUCAAGAACGUCGGCAUUCGCGUCACCCACCGCGCCACCAACAAGCUCGAGUCCUUCACCGGCUUCACGCCCAAGCCUGCCGACGAGACCGAGUUCCAGACCAAGGACGGCAAGACGUACACCAUCGCGCAGUACUUCCUCGAGAAGUACAACUACCGCCUCCGCUUCCCUCGCCUGCCUUGCGUGCGCAUCGGCGCCCAGCGCUCCGCCGUUCCCAUGGAGUGUUGCGAGGUCGUGCCGCUCGGCCCCAUCCCGGCGACCAGCUUGACGCCCAUGCAGGCCGCCGACCAGAUCGCCCGCACCAAGCUCGACCCGCAGGAGCGCAAGCGUCGCGUCGACGAGAUCCGCGCCGAGGUGAACUACGAGCAGGACGCCUACCUGCGUGCCUGGGGCGUCUCGGUCGACCCGCAGCCCCUGUCGGCCGAGGCUCGCGUCAUCCCUCAGCCCGACGUGAGCUACGCCUCGGGCUCGCAGCGCCCGCGCAUCAACAACGGCUCCUGGAACCUCGUCGGCGCUCGCUUCUUCCAGCCCGGCGACGAUCUCAUCACCUGGGGCGUGCUCGACUACAGCCGCCACCCGCCCAACACGGUGGAGGACUUCGUCGUCGCCCAGGUCGACGCGCUGCAGAAGUUAGGCCUGCGCAUCCGCAACACGCGCCCGGAAAUCAAGAAGUUCCGCGUCGAUCUCAACACCAACGUGGUGCGCGGCCACAUGCAAGAGGUGGGCAGCGCCGCCUACAGAGUCGCCAAGCAGGCGUCGGGCGGCAACCCCCCUCUGCCGCAGCUCUUUCUGAUCGUGCUCGACGUGCAGGACCAGCCCUUUUACAACACGAUCAAGCGCACCGCUGCGCUCGAGAUGCACACGCCCGUCGCCACGCAGUGCGUCAGUGCGCACAAGGCGUUCAACAUGCGCGGCCGCCCCCAGUACGUCGCCAACGUGGCGAUGAAGAUCAACGUCAAGUUGGGCGGCACCAACCACGUCGUCGCCAGCGAGCGUGACUUACCUCGCUUCGGCCGCCAGACCAUGCUCAUCGGCGCCGACGUCACGCACCCUGGCCCGGGCUCGGAGAAGCCCUCGAUCGCCGGCUCGGUAGCCACCAUCGACGGCAGCGCCAGGCGAUACUCGAGCGAGCUUCGUCGCCAGACCAACCCGCGCGGCGGCGCCGUGCAGGAAGUCAUGCUCCACUCGAAGGGCAUGAUGCUCGGUCACUUGAAGAAGUGGCAGGCGGCCAACCAGGGCCGACUGCCCGAGUCGAUCGUCUUCUUCCGCGAUGGCGUGUCCGAGGGCCAGUACCAGGCGGUGCUGGACCACGAGCUGGCGGCGGUCAAGGAAGCGGCGCGCGAGCUGCGCCCGGAUGCCAAGGUCAAGGUGACGUUUGUGGUGUGCGGCAAGGGCCACCAUGUGCGCUUCUUCGCCAAGGACCCGCGCGACGUGGCUGGCGACAGGUCGGGCAACCUGCCUGCGGGCACGUGCGUCGACAAGAACAUCGUGUCGCCCUUUGGCUUCGACUUCUACCUGCAGUCGCAGGCGGGUCUGGUGGGUACGGCGCGACCGUGCCACUACGUGGUGCUGCGAAACGAGAUGGAGUUCUCGAGCGAGCACCUGAUCAAGUGCAUCAAUUCGCUCUGCUACACCUACUGCCGCGCCACGCGCUCGGUCUCGCUCGUGCCGCCCGCCUACUACGCCGACAUCCUGUGCGAGAAGGCGCGUGCCUUCGAGUACGGCCCGGACGACGGCGACACGGUGGCUUCGUCGGAGCGCGGCUCCACCGCUGCCGAGGAGAUCGGCGAGGUCGAGUCGAUGGAGUUUAUGCAGAAGCUCUCGAAGCAGAACUCCCCCUUCACCAACAAUCUUUGGUUCAUGUAG